GCCUAACAAGCCAAGAUAACUAGAAUUCUUAUCUGCAGCAAAUCUGAGAGAAAUUUCCAAGGGUGAUGAUGAACGCAAGAACAAGAUUUUUUCUGCUUGGUCUAGCUCUUGUCCAUGCUGUUCAAGCUCAAGACCAAUCAGGUUUUAUAAGCUUGGAUUGUGGACUACCAGAAAAUUCAACAUACAACGAGCAAACAACGAACAUUGACUACAUUUCAGAUGCAGCAUAUAUUAACAGUGGAGAAAGCAAAAGCAUAAACGUGAAAUACAAAAACUUCUACCAAAGACAACUACAGUUCCUUAGAAGCUUUCCUCAGGGAAUCAGGAACUGUUACAACAUAAGCAAUAUUAUCAGCGAAAAGAAAUACUUAAUUAGAGCAAGCUUCUUGUAUGGAAAUUAUGAUGGGUUAAAUAGCUUACCGAUCUUUGAUCUCUACUUUGGAGAUAGCUUGUGGGAUAAAGUGGAGAUCAAGUCCGAAGCAGGUGAGACGUACAAAGAAAUCAUACAUAUUCCAUCAGCAAAUAGAGUACAAAUCUGUCUUAUUAAUAUGGGAACUGGAAUACCUUUCAUCUCUGCAUUGGAAUUUAGACCUUUACCAAAUGACACUUACCCAGUUCAAUUUGGAUCCUUCUCGACUGUUGGUCGACUGGAUAUGGGGUCAAUAUCAAAUGUAUCGUACAGGUACCCUUACGAUGUUUUUGACCGAACUUGGCAUCCUUUCAAUGACGAUAAAGAUUACAUUCGAUUGAGCACCUCUCUUACUAUAGAUGCCGAUGGCCACAACAAGCACCAUCCAGCAGCCAAAGUUAUGGAAACUGCUAUGACACCCAAAAACGCAAGUCAGUCUAUUGAUCUUCGGUGGGAGUCAGAUGAUGAAAAUAACCAGUAUUAUAUAUAUCUUCACUUUGCUGAGUUGGUAAAGCUUCAACGUAAACAAUUUCGAGGCUUCAACAUCAGUCAUAAUGGGCAAUAUUGGGGUGGACCUAUUAUUCCUGAUUACUUGUACACAAGCAGCAUUUAUAGCAUCAGACCACUGAAAUUCCCACAAAAGCAACACAGCUUUUCUUUUUUUAAAACUGAAAAUUCAACACUUCCUCCAAUCAUCAAUGGUUUAGAAGUUUAUCUCCAAAUUGAGAUCUCAGAACUAGAAUCAGAUCAUGAAGAUGCGGAUGCAAUGAGAAAAUUAAAGUCAACUUACGGAGUCAUCAAAGAUUGGCAAGGCGAUCCAUGCAUCCCCAAAGCAUAUCCUUGGAGUGGUGUAGGUUGUACCAAUGAGUCAAUCCCAAGAAUCAUAUCACUGAACUUGUCGUCAAGUGGUCUGACAGGAGACAUAUCUCCAGAUGUAUCCAAUCUAGCAGCCCUAGAAACUCUGGACUUGUCAAACAAUGGCUUAACAGGAAAACUGCCUGAUUCUCUGUCCAAAUUGCCAAAUCUCAAACUCCUAAACUUGGAGAACAACAAUCUCUCAUGUCCAAUUCCACCUGGACUCUUAAGAAGAUUCAUUGAUAAUUCACUAUCAUUAAGCCUGAAAGGUAAUCCAAAUAUGGACGCACGUCCUUUAGGUGAUUGCACUGAGGAACCGAAAGGGGAAAAGCAUAAGGAAAUGAAAAGGUUUGUGAUUCCAGUAGUAGCAUCAGUUGGUGGCCUACUUGCUAUUUCCACAAUAGCAGGGAUUGUCUUUUGUAUGGCUCGAUCAAAAAGGAAAGAACAAGGUAAAGAUGUCUUGGAGGUGGAUCGUCCAACAACCAACAAGGACACUGGUGGCAGUUCUUUGGAAACUAGAACGCAGCAGUUUACUUACUCUGAAGUUGUGAGAAUGACCAACAAUUUUGAGCAGAUUCUUGGUAGGGGUAGUUUUGGAGCAGUUUAUCAUGGGCUAGUUGAUGAUAUUCAAGUGGCUGUGAAGAUGCUAGCUCCAUCAGCAAUACAAGGCCACAAUCAAUUUAAAGAAGAGGUUACCAUUCUUCUUAAAGUUCACCACCGAAACUUGACAAACCUUGUAGGGUAUUUGAACGAAGGAACUCAUCUUGGCCUCAUUUAUGAGUACAUGCCCAAUGGAAGUUUAGCACAGCGCCUUUCUGAGAUAAGUUCAAGUGUCAUAAGUUGGGAAGAUAGACUCAGAAUAGCAAUGGAUGCAGCUCAAGGACUAGAAUAUCUGCAUACUGGUUGUAAACGAUCAAUAGUCCAUGGAAACGUGAAACUAGCAAACAUCUUAUUAACUGAAAAUUUCCAAGCUAAACAUUCUGACUUCGGUCUUUCCAAGAGCUACCCAACAAAUGAUAAGACCAGUUACCUUGACCCAGAGUACAAAACAUCAAACAGGCUGAGUCCAAAAAGUGAUGUGUAUAGCUUCGGCAUCGCUCUGUUGGAGAUAGUGAGUUGCAGACCAGUGAUAUCGAAAUCCCAAUGCGAAGAUUCGGUUCAUAUAGUUAAAUGGGUUGGUCCAAUGGUGGCACAAGGUGACUUUCGAAAUAUAGUAGACCCAAGAUUAAAAGGAGAAUAUAACAUACACUCUGUUCGAAAAGCAUUGGAGGUAGCUAUGGCUUGUGUAUCAGUGAAUUCGGAGAGAAGGCCAACAAUAAGUCAAGUGCUGGCAGAACUGAAAGGUUGCUUGGCCACAGAAUUGAGCCGAACAUCGGAUAGUCAGCCUCUUAAUUCAUCAGAGUCCAUUGAAAUGACAUCCAUCUACAUGGUUUUGCCCCCUCAAUCAGGUCCCAUGGCGAGGUGAAGUUCGUUUGAACAUCACUUUGCUCUUUCCCAUUCAUCUGAUAUGGAGGUUUCCCAUCCAGAAUUUAUUAAAGUUGUUGGGUUUUAUCAUUUGGCCAUUGAAAACUGAAACGUAUAAAAUUCGCCUUCAACCCCAACAUAAAUGUCUCUUGUUAGUAGAACAAUGUGAAAAACUGUUCCCUGAUUGCUUUGUCUUUUGGUGGUGUUGAAGAAAACUUUCUUGUGCCAUGUGCGAAGUAAAUAAACUAAUUCAUAAACCAAUUUCAUUCCUAAAUCCAUUUUACUUUUGGAGAAAUGUCCAAUGUUACUUUAUGAAGUCAAUUUUAACCUAAAUCCAGACUCAAAUUCAAAACAGGAAAAUAAUGCCAACCCAGCAUCAAAACAUUCAAAUGCUAUCAAACAAAUCUUCAACACAGCCAAAAAGUAAAAGUUAUAAUCUUGUUCUACCACAAAAGUGUCUGCAGUUGACUAGAAAAUUUCAAAAGAUAACAAUUCAAUUGACAAAAGUCUUAAUUAAUUAAUUAAUUAAUUUGUUUAUUUGAGAAGGAUUAACAGAACUAUUAACUGAAUACUCUUCUGUGCACAUAUGCGUUUCAGAGGAUAUUAAACAUCUCAUAAAUAUUCAUUAUUUAAUAAUAUUGAAAUUUGAGAGGAUUGUUAAUCUCUUGCCUGCAUAAACAUUUUACACCUCUAAUGAUUCUUCUUCUUUUUUUCUUUCUUUUUUUUUUUUUCUGAGUUUAACAACAAGUGAGAUGGGAUAUUCAAACUUCUUAUCUCUUUGUCAAAGGUACAUACUUUAACCGCUAAGCUCCCAUUGGCAAUUUUCACACAAAUCCUUUUACUACCUGUAUCUACAACAACAUUCCUUUUUUUUUUUUAGGGGAAACCCUUUAAAAUUCAAGAUAAGAAAGAAGAAAAUUAAAGAAUUGUCAAAAAUGGACUUUUGCAAGCCAAGAAGAAUGCUUAAGGCUCAAAUUACUCUUUUGAUUAUGAAAUACAACCCAAAAUGGCUGAUUCCUAUUUAAGAAAAUCAAUGAAUCAGUCCACUACCUACUAUGAGAUUGAAACAUGCUCAAGAAUCCAACAAAAUAACUGCUUUGAUCCUAUAGCAUUGGAGAAAAUAAAAAAAACAGCAAAAGAACUUCCAUGUUCAUUGGGAAAAUGACUCAAAGUAUCGAUCAACUAUCAAUUCAUUUGCAAAAGUUCAAGAAAAAAUUAAUAUUGUAUAUUGAAGCAAAAAACAAAGGAAUCUCAGUUGGAAACUUUUCAAUAAAAAAUCUUAAAGAUAAAUUUGGAAAAUUUUUUGUUGAGACCCAUGUAUUUAACGGAGGUGAUUGGGACAAAAAUCACACGAACAAAGUAGAAGAAAAGGAAAAAUUUGACAAUGUUGAUUUGAAAGUUGUCUCGAAUGAAGAAGAAAAGUCCAACAAAGGAGAUGAGGAAAAGGUAUCAAACACCGGAACUCUAAACGUCAAGGUAGAAGUAAAAAAAUCAAGCAAGAACAACGAUACACUGAUUGCAUUGAAAAUCGAUCACCAGAACAUUGAAGAACUUGAAGCAAAUGAUGAAGAAGACUUCCUUAAGGGGUUUUGGUCCUCUGAUUACGCCUUUGAAUGAGCAUGAUGGAAACAUUUUUUCUGGGUUUAUGGCCGAUGAAGAUGUUAAGCUUGGUGACACUGUUGGAUUUUCUAUCUCAAAUUUACCUCUCUGAUCAAAAUAUUUUUGUUCAAGAUGUAGGAGGUUAGUUUGGUCAUAUUCCAUUGAACGAUUUUGUUUCAUACCUUGUUUGCUUCAUUUUUUUUUUCUUUAAAAUUUGAGGAAGAGUUUUCUUUUUUGAGGGGUAGAAUGAUGAAAGAAGAAUAGUGUUAAUUGAGUACUAUUCUAGGUAAAUUCCCAUUUUACCCCCACUUAUAACAAAUUCUAUAAAUAAGAGUCUUUCCCCUCUUGUAUGAGACACAUCAUCAUUCUAAUAAAAGAUUCACAACCUUGUUUCUUGGAGGAUUACUCCUCGAAGCUAAUUAGGCUACAUCAAGUUCAUUACUUUUGUGCAAUGAAAAAAAAAUA